UUCAAUUUCAAUACUUGUUCUGAGAGUGUGAGAUCCCUCUGCUUCUUUUAUUGCAUAUAAAAUAUGAGAACACAUAUUCAUGAUAGUCCUUCUGUGAAAAACCAUCUUCCAAUGCUUAAGGUUUUUGAUUCAUCUCUGAGGCUCUUUGCGGUUCCUCUAUCUGUGGCAACAAUAUGGAUUACUGUGACUAACAACCAAGACAACAGUAUCUAUGGAAUGCUGAAAUAUAGCAACCUUUUGGGUCUCAAGUAUAUGGUUUUUGUUAGUGCUCUCUGUGCUGCUUAUGCUCUUGUUGCUGCAGCUUGUUCAUGGGUCAGAUAUGUAGUGUCCAAAGCUUGGAUUUUCUUUAUCUCUGAUCAGAUUGUGGCUUAUUUAUUGGUCACGUCAGUUGCUGCAUCAAUGGAGAUACAUUACCUGGCUUACAAUGGAGCUAAGGAAGAUUCUUGGAGUGAAGCCUGCAGUAUCUAUGGCAGGUUUUGCAGCAAAGUGAAGUUGGCUUUCAUCCUUCAAAUGAUUACUUUUCUUUGCUUCAUAAUUCUAGCAGUGAUUUCAGCUUUCAGAGCAUUUAGUUUGUUUGAUCCUCCUUCUGUCACUGCUCAGGAGAUGCAAGAAGAUAGAUAUUAGUUAGAAGGAUUGGUUGGGGUAUUUGUAUUUUGUUAUCUCACCAUCAUAUUCUCGAGUUUAGCCUAUUUCCUCUUUAUUAUUACUAAUAUAUUUGGACUUAAAAAAAAUAGUAUAUGGUUUUUGGCUUUGCAGUGAUUAUUUUGAUGGUUGUAUUAAAUAUCAUACUAUGAUUAUGGAAUAUAAACGUGUUUGUUU